AUGCUCCGACCGCCCUUCCGCUCUCACGCUCAAAUCCCAGAUGCGGGCCUGCAGGGCGACCCUGUGUCUCGCACACAUGUGUUUGGCAUCUUUCCUUGUUCCCAUCCACCUGGGUCCCCCGAGUACCAGGUUGCUGAAGCUGCAGUUUCUGCUGGCCUGGGAACGAUGGACAAGGAGGGGCACUUCCAAAAGGGGUCUCGUCAUCUCGAUCUGGGAAAGGAGUCAUCAAAAGGAGAGACACCGCAUGGUCCAACGUACAUUCCCACGCCCGAGUUCACUCCUCCUCCAGUAGCCAACCCCUUCCCACCCCUUGCAACAUCGCCGCCGCCCUCUACACCCAAGUGGAACGUCCCCAAGGCCAAUCUAGCGACGUGA